UUUACUUGGGGAGACUAGUGAGUGGUGAACAAGUAAGAGAGAGGUGUGCGCGGCAUACCUGCCUCAUCAAUGACACUGUCUAGUGUCUAUAGUACUCACUUGCUCCAGCACACUGGCAAGACGAUCAAGCUCUCUGAGCAUGUUCCUGCUUCUCCUGUGAGACACAAAUCAGGAUCACACAAGCAACUGAAACAAGAGCCAUAUGAUAUCACAGUGCUAAACAAACCUGAUAGAACCAAAUACUAAUAAUGUCCACUUCGAAACCCAUAUCCCCUUUUCGACUCACCUCCCUCCUCCGUUCCACGAAAGACCCCUCCCUCGCCCUCCAGCUCUUCCUCAACCCUAACCCUAACCCUAAUCCUAACCCUCGCCCCCUGCGCCACUCCCUCCGCUCCUACGAUCUCCUCAUCACCAAACUCGCCCGCGCCAAAAUGUUCCCCCAAAUGGAACAAAUCCUCCACCAACUCCAAACCCUAACCCAAUUCCCCGUCCCCGAACCCCUCCUCUGCCGCGUCAUCAUUUCCUACGCACGCGCCCGCCUCCCCUCCCGCGCCCUGCGCACCUUCCUCUCAAUCCCCUCCUUCCGCUGCACCCCCACUCUCAAGUCCUUCAACUCCCUCCUCCACGCGCUCCUACUCUGCCGCGACUUCCCUUCCCUCCCGCGCCUCCUCCCGCGCCUCCGCCACUUCUCCGCCUCCGGCCCCGACGCCUGCACCUACAACAUCCUCAUCCGCGCUUGCUCCCUGAACAACAACGACCUUGCACACGCACGCAAACUGUUCGACGAAAUGCUCACGCUCGGGGUUCGUCCGACUCAAGUCACGUUCGGAACUCUGAUUAACAUGCUCUGCAAAGACCCGCAUUUGAACUUGCGGGAGGCGUUUAGUGUGAAGGAGGACAUGGAGAGGGUUUUUAAAUUGAAGCCUAAUGUUUUUGUGUACACUAAUUUGAUCAAAGCCGUUUGCGAGGUUGGGGACUUCGAUUGUGCGUUUAGGUUGAAGGAUGAGAUGGUGAGGAACAAUUUGAGGCUGGAUGUUGUGGUGUACAACACUUUGACUUCCGCAGUUUUUAAAGCGGGGAAGAAGGGUUUAGGGUAUAGGAUUUUGGAGGAGAUGAAGAGUGGCGGGGUGAAGCCGGAUGCGGUGACGUGUAAUGUGUUGAUUGGGGAGUUUUGUAGGGAGGGGAAUUUGGUGGAGGCUUAUAGGGUUUUGGAUGAUGGGGUGGAGGGUGUGAAGCCUGAUGUUUUUGGGUACAAUGUGGUUAUUGGAUGGUUGUGUAAAGAGGGAAAAUGGAGGGAGGCGGAUGAUUUGUUUCGGGACAUGCCAAGGCGGCAGUGUGUUCCUGAUGUUGUGACCUACCGGACAGUGUUUGAUGGGCUUUGUCAGUGGAUGCAGUUUGAGGAAGCUGGGUUGGUUUUGGAGGAGAUGGUUUUUAAAGGCUAUGUUCCGUGUUCCUCAAGUUUGAAUGAGUUUGUUGGCAGGUUGUGCCAGGAAGGGGAUUUUGAGUUGUUGGGGAAGGUUUUGAGUGGUUUGGGUGGAGGGUUUUUUUGCAAUGAGAAUGUGUGGAAAACUGUGGUUUCCUUGGUUUGUAAGUCAGAGAAGCUGUCAGGGGCUUUUGAGCUUUUAGAUGCAUUGGUGUUGGCAUGAAUUGUAGAUUUGGUUCCACCAAAUGCACACUCAACGUGAGAUUCUGUUCCAAAAUACCUGAAAGGUAAAUCCAAAGUGGAGAUGAAUAUACAAUGAAGAGUACUUGCAACCAACAAUAGAGAUUUUAAGAAGGCUUGGAACAUUGUCUGGAUACUGCUUUUGUUGAAGGAGAUAUGCUCAUUGAGGCCUUCUUUGCUUGACCCCCAUCAAAAAGGAGUCAUUAAGUCUGCUACCUUAGCUUCCAAUUCUACUACUUGUGGUUGUGGAUGCUCCCAAACCUGGAGGUCCUAGCUCAUGUGGUCUUGGUGCUACAGCUGCACCCAUGAUCAGUUAGUUUACUGGAAGACUGGUUGCUUUGGUACAAACUCACAUUCAUGCCUCUGUAGAGAUUUUUUAGUCCCAAAAUUGAAUUAAGGUGGGUAAUUUUGUUUUAUUUGGAAGUAUUAGUGUGAACUGUUGAGUAAGACCCUUCUUUUCUUAAUAACCCAAACAGUGGAAAAAUACAGAAGAUGGAACUACCACAGUUAGUAUUCUUCCUGAAAAUGGGAAGGGACACCCUUCAAUCUCUACCAAAUCUUUGGACACCUGCACCCCAAUGUUGGUUUGGUUUUCAGUUUCAAUUAUUUCUAGGAUUUAUAUUUUUGUUAAUUCAAAUGUUUUCUUUGAUUUGCAGCCACUUAUUUUAAAUUUCUUGAUUGCUGUGAUGUUUGUAUACAUUCAUGUGAUUGAACAUGAUCAGGAAAUAAUUACACUAUGGUUUCAUCUGCUUGAAAUUUUCAUUGGUGAUUCAUGUCAUUGAGAUGCUAAGUAUUAAGUUAGUUAUCAAGUAUCAACUUCCUGACAUGUCCCUCUUUUAUUUUUUCAGCCAAACUUGGGACUGACUAUGUUAAAAUUUCAAAGGUUUACUUGAAAUUUUAUUAGAAAAAAAUACCCGAGAUUUAUGAGCUUUUGCUGAUUUAUGUUUUAUACAUGUGGACUGGAUCAAAAGAUAUUUCAGAAAAACCUAGGUGUGAAUUAUUUAGUGGUGUAACUGUAGCACAUUCAUUUCAGCAUUUCAACAUUCUCAGCUGCUUGAUGCAUUUGGAAUAUGAAAGUUAAAUAAUGACAAACAACAAUGUUGACCGUCACUGUCUCAAUCGUUGAACUUGGAUAAAAGUAUUGGCAGAGUUAGUCAGCUUAGUGGCAUCAUUUUCUUGUCAUGUGUGGGCAUGUCCCUAAGCUUGCCCACAGGUAAAAAGAUACAUGUUUUGCAGAGUACCCUGCUUUGUCAUAAAUCUUUGUUAUCAUUUAUAACAACCUCCUAUAUAGAGGUAUAUAUUGUAAUUUUUUUCAAACAAUUAAGGGGGUUAAUGUAAUGUAUAAGGAGUGUCAAUAUAAUGUUUUUCAAACAAUUAAGAGGAUUAGUGUAUAGACAUAGAAAAGGAAAAAAUAUUGUGCAAUCUGAAAAAAACUUAGGGAAUGUCAGUAUAAUUUAUUCUAUUUUAUACUUUUUGUGAUCACUCUUCAGCAUGAUGAUACUACAUCCUGAGCUAGAACUUGUAUAUGGGUUAAUUAUUUGAAAAAUGGAGAAUGUAGAUAAAAGAUUAUUUAAACAUCCUUAGGGAGAUCCUGACUGUGAAUGAAUUCAUAAACAUUUUGAAGGGAGAUUGGGUGGAUUAAUUAUUCUUUAAAAGAAAUCUGCUUUCAAGUCCUUUCUAGUUAGAGUUUUAUUGGCGAAUAUGGGGAAUGAGGACAGAGCACAGAGCUUAUUAAAACGCAUUAUGGUCAAAGUGUAUGCAUCAUAAUGUUUGGCUUUGAAAAGGAAGAUGUGGGAUGACUGAAGCAGGUAUUAUGGAUGAUUUCAAUAGGAAAGAACAAUGAAAAGAAGGCUUGAAGUUCAAGAGGAUAGAAUUGAAAUGCUUGAGUUUCAACCAUUAACACUUAACAGAAGACUGAUUUGAUUGAUGCUCCUUUUCUAGGACUAUGCUUGACAUGGUACAAGGUAGGUGGGCAAAUCAAACCAAACGUUGGUGUCAUAAGUGACUGAUCAGGCUGAGGGGAGGUCCUCGUGGUCAUAGUGAAACUUUAACCUGUUUAUAUGUGUACUCAUUUUGAAUUAUAUACAUUUGAUUUGAUGCAUUUGUUUUGGAUUCAAUGAAAAUUCGAUUAUUUUAUUCAUCUAAA